ACCCGGCGGCAGCGGUGACCCUGGCGACCGCGGCGGCAGUGGCGGCGGAGGUCGCCGCAGCGGCGGCGGCGGCGGCCGAGGCUGCGGCGGCGACCGUGGCGGAGGCGGUGGCGGAGGCCUCCGUGGCGGAGGUGGAAGCAGAGAUGGAGGCCGAGUUGGAGGCCGAGUUGGAGGCCAGCCUGGUGGAGGCGGCGGUCCUGGCCGGGGAGGAGGCGGGGGCGGCCGGCGCGGCCGCGGCGGUGGCAGCCACCGAGGCCAGCCUGGAGGAGGCCAGCCUGGCGGAGGCCACGGGGGCCGCUGCGUCGCCUUCCUACGGGAGGGUGGACAUGGAUGAAGAGCUGGCGGCGGCCUUGGCUGCAGAAGAGGAAGAGGCGGCGGCCGGGGGCUCCUCCGAUGGGAACCCUGACUAUCCCAAUGCCUCGCUCUACGUGGGCGACCUGCACCCCGAGGUGACCGAGUCGAUGCUGUAUGAGAAGUUCAGCCCAGCUGGGCCCAUCCUGUCCAUCCGCCUUUGCAGGGACAAGGUCACCCGACGCUCUCUGGGCUACGCAUAUGUCAACUACCAGCAACCGCUGGACGCCAAGCGGGCCCUGGAAACCAUGAACUUUGACGUUAUCAAUGGCAGGCCGGUGCGCAUCAUGUGGUCCCAGAGGGACCCGUCGCUCCGCAAGAGCGGGGUGGGCAACGUCUUCAUCAAGAACCUGGGCAAGACCAUCGACAACAAGGCGCUGUACAACAUCUUCUCGGCCUUUGGCAACAUCCUGUCCUGCAAGGUGGCCUGUGACGAAAAGGGGCCCAAGGGCUACGGGUUCGUGCACUUCCAGAAGGAGGAGUCAGCCGAGCGCGCCAUAGAUGCGCUGAAUGGCAUGUUCCUGAACUACCGCAAGAUUUUCGUGGGGAGAUUCAAGUCCCACAAGGAGAGAGAGGCCGAGAGGGGAGCCUGGGCCCGCCAGUCCACCAGCGCCGACUUCAAGGAUUUCGACGAUGACUCCGAUGAAGAGGCCACCUUACGAUGAAGACAUCCCAGGACCCAGCCAGUAGAGCCAAAGCUUGGCUCCCACCCCGUUUACAGCCCCCACCCCCCAAUCCCCCAACCCACCAGCAGUGUAUUGUAUUGGGAGUGCAGGUUUCUCUCUCCCUCUCCCUCCCUCCCUCCUCACCCCUCCCCGCUCCCCUUCCCCUCCCCAUUUCCUCUUUCCUUCCUCCCCUCUCUUGCCUUCUCUCCCUCCCUUCUCCCCCCCCCCCCGCCAGCCAGUGCAAGCUAGCUUCCCCAUCCCCUCUCUGCUCUCAGCCCCCCCUUCCCUCUUCUAUCCUCUCCUUCCCUCCUUUCUCUCCACCCCCAGUCAACUCCCCCCUUCCCCCCGCCCCCGCCAAUAAUCCCACUAAUCUGUGCCAUUUGAGAGGGUAAAGGCUGCCUCUUCUCCCCGUGGUCGGUCUGAUUCUUAAAAGCGUUUUCUGUCUCUUUGUUUACUGCACAGGUGAUGCAAUUUCCUGGUAGAAAUAUCUGGAAGGAGAAGGAAGUCUGAUGUGGGAGAAAGAACCAAGAGUGCAAUUGCUUCCCAUCAUCCUAAUACUCAGAGAGAACCUCUUUUACCUUCUUUGGUGUGCCCUUUUUCCAGGCUCUCUGCUACCCCUUUCUCCCCCUCUCACCCCAGACCCACCUUCCCCUUUAACAUAUUCUUGUAGAGUGGUUCAUGUAUGUGGUGUUUCUUAACCUGCUUUCUUCAGCGAUGAAAACCAAACAAAUCAACGCAUUGAACUUCUUUCCAUGCUAUUCAACAGGCUUAUGGAAUAUCAUCUUCAGUGCCUGCAGAGUGCUCCUGUGUACCUAUCCAUGGACCUUAACAUUUCUGUAAUCAUUCCCGCACUGUUGGACAUUCAGGUGCCUAGUUCUUUCCCUGUGUUUAAAAACCAACACUGCGUGCCCUGAUGAGUGACUCCUUCCUUGUCAAGCCAAAUCUAGGCUAGCAUCCUGGAUGGCCUCUCCUUAACUGUGGACUUGCAGGAUUCACAUAUAGACGUUUCAAUGACUUUCCCUGUGUUUUGCCAAAAGGCUCCCUUUCAUAAGCAUUGUACCAGUUUGUAUUUGUGCCAGCCAGCCAGUGCAGCUAGAAAAAAAAAAGAGUAUGCCCAUCUCCCCUGCACAGUCUCAUGGUCCACUGUAACUGUGUGUGUGUGUGUGUGUGUGUGUGUGUGUGUGUGUGUGUGUGUGUGCUUGCGCGCUUGCAGGCGCGCGUGCAGCAUCAUGAGCUGCUGCAAAUGGUAUUUCACUGUCGUUAUUUCACUGGAACUGAAAGCUGUUAAUCGCCCUUUUCUGCAUUCCUGCUUCCUUUCCUUUUCCUUAUUGCCAGAAAAAAUAAAUCAGCUACGUUACAGGAAAAUAAAUUCACUAAGCAGACCAUUUAACAGAAGAAACUGAACGCUCUCAGCUAUCAAUGCUAAUGAAUCCCAUGCCUUCUUGAAAUGUGCUGAUAUGUACGUGCCCGGUGUUUUUCAAGAACUAGCUGAGUCAUUUCUCUUUGUUGUUCUAGUAUUGUUGUUAUGCAUUGUCGUAUACGUAUAUUAUAAUGUACAUAUUGUUUUAUAUCUGCUUUCACAUGUGUGUAUGUGUGCAUAUGCACACAGUUUGCUGAGCUUCAUUUCCUGUCAUUAAAGAUACUUUUAAAAUA